AUGGCGCCCACAGACCACCCAUCAGCGGAAGAGCUGCUCAUAUGCGAGCCAGAAGGUGGCGUGCCGAAUGCCCCGCCAGACCUACGUUUCUUACACUACAAUGAUGUUUACCACGUUGAAGCGGGGUCAAGAGAGCCUGUUGGCGGAUAUGCGAGGUUUCAAACCCUCGUAAAUUACUAUAGGGACGAUGAGAGGUUCAAGGACCAACCAAAGCUUCUGACUUUCUUCUCGGGUGAUGCGUUCAACCCGAGCAUUGAGAGUAGUAUCACAAAGGGAAGCCAUAUGGUCCCUGUACUAAACAACAUUGGCACAGACGUUUCUUGCGUAGGAAACCACGACCUCGACUUUGGCGUAAAGCAGUAUCGCUACCUCACAGCCAAAUGCAAAUUCCCAUGGCUCCUCGCGAACGUCCACGAUCCAGCCCUUGGCGACGGUGUCCCUCUCGGAAACGCGAAGAAGACGAUCAUGCUCACGGCAUCCAACGGCAUCAAAGUCGGCGUCAUCGGACUCGCAGAACGAGAGUGGCUUGAUACAAUCAACGCGCUACCACCGGACAUCAUAUACAAGAGUGCCUCUGAGACUGCGAAGGAACUCAUACCAGGUCUGAAGGAGCAGGGCGCAGAGAUAAUCGUUUGCGUGUCGCAUCAACGAGAGCCAAACGACAACAAGCUGGCAAAGCAAGUUGGAGGAGGAUUGAUUGAUAUAAUCCUGGGUGGACAUGACCACUACUACUCUUACAACCUUAUCAAUGGAACACAAGUACUGCGGUCAGGCACAGACUUCAAACAACUGUCUCACGUUGAGGCCUGGCGGAAGCCAGAGGGCAAGGGAUGGGACUUCAAAAUCAUACGGCGAGACAUUGUCAGCAGUAUACCUCAAGAUCCCCAGGCCAUGGCGCUGGUAGAAGAACAGACACGGGAGAUUAGAAAGCGACUAGACAAACCUAUCGGAUAUACCGCCGCACCACUCGACGCCCGAUUCACAACCGUACGAACAAGAGAGUCGAACAUUGGAAACUUUGUCUGCGAUCUCAUGAGGUACUACUACUCAGCCGAGUGCUGUAUCAUGGCAGCCGGAACGAUACGCGGAGAUCAAAUCUACCCUCCUGGCUUGUUGAAGCUCAGGGAUCUUGUCAACUGCUUCCCGUUUGAAGAUCCGGUCGUGGUACUGAAGGUCACCGGCAAGGCAAUUCGAGAAGCAUUAGAAAACGGCGUCAGCAAUUACCCGGCACUAGAAGGAAGAUUCCCGCAAGUAUCGAACAUUACCUUUGAAGCGGACUACUCGAAACCACCACAUUCGCGGGUUUCCAAUGUGACGAUUGGAGAGGAACCUGUAGAUGAGGAGCGAGAGUACGUACUCGCUACAAGAGGGUACAUGGGCCGUGGAAAAGACGGCUACACAUCCCUCCUCAUCGAAGAGGAAGGCGGAGUUGCCAAAGAGCUCGUCUCGGAAGAAAACGGCGUUCUCAUCUCCACCAUCCUCCGCCAAUACUUCAUGUCUCUCAAAGUACUAGGCAAAUGGAAACGCUGGGGCAAAUCCAUGAACACGAAAUUUACAUCGAUUCAAACGAAUCUGCAGAAGAACCACGGUCACGCUUUUCACGACCCAUCUCCUACAUCUCCUACCCAGUCCCGUGGUAACAAUGCUCCUCCUGUGGAUCAAGGCGUGAGCAGAGUCCUGGGUGAUUCGAACAAACGCGACAACAGCCCGAACGACACGACCGACUCGGAAGAUCCGGAUGUCGAUGAAGAUGAAGACGACGGACCGAUGUAUGAUAGCCGUGUGCCAAUACAGUUCACAGACAAGCAGACGGAGAUGAUCAGAAGGGUUAUGAGGAAGUGGUGGCGUGUUGCUGGUCUCAAAGGAAAUCCUAAGCUGUGUGAUGAGCUUGGUGGUGGUGAGUUCCAGGUUAAUUGGACAAAGGCUAUUGCGCCGAGGUUGGAGGGGAGGAUUAGGGAGGUCGGAGCUGCGGUUAAGAUCGAAGCAUAG